GUAAUUGUGCAAACAUCCUCGGCGACAUCGUUUACUAUAAUUUGACUCGUUUCGUAUAAAACUGGAGACGCACGCAAUGUCACUUCUUUGGUGUUGUGUGUCGUCGGAAAUAUGACAGGGAUUUGGAUUUGUUGGAUCGUUUUAUCAGGUAUAACACAAUUAGUAUCAUCGGAUAUUUCCACAAAACUGGACUUUGGUAACGAAGAGGAUGCGCUUACCGCUACUGCUGUAAACUCCACUCAGGAUGAUGAUGUUGAAGUGAAACACACUAUAGUGGUCUCAACCAAACUGAAGAAUAGCAAUAACAGGAGAGGCUUACACGGAGGAGGCAAUGAAGAAGAACGCUUCAUAAACAUUGGUAGAACCAACAGCAACAAGAAAGUAGACAGUGGCGAAGUCCCUGUCUACAGUGGCAUGCGAGCUGUUGAAACAACCAAGAUAAGAACUCCAGACACCAGGUACAACCACAAACCGCAAGUGUACCCUGAUGCCGUCCUCAUUAACAGAAACAUAAGGGAUGAUUAUGAUGUCUACCCGAAUGUAGCAACGCGCCCGCAACAGUGGCAGCCAUCGUCUUUCUUCAACAACAUAAACUGGUUAAACGCAGACAGUAGCUCACGAAACUAUAAUAUAGCUAGAAGAUUACAAGCCCCGUUAUACCAAAAUCGAAAUACCCAUAGUAAUAAAAAGAUAGAAGAUGACGCCAUGAAAGAAUUUUACUGUAAAAGGUGCAGAGAACUGUCCGGUUUUAAUGGUUGCAAUCAGCAACGUAAUAGUCCUUGGACACAGCCCACGACGCCUAAAGUGAAGAUAGACGGAAAACUAGCUAAAUUAAACUAAUUGGUCAGUU